CACAGACCUGUUCAUCAGACAGUUCAAGUGGCACAUGACCAUAAUUGUGGGAUCCGUUGUUGCAAUUUGUAUCUUGUACAUCAGAGUUUCCUGGCGUGACAGUACUGUUCCUCUGCCCCCACAGCCCCACCCAGCCUGCAAGUCUUCUGGCUCUUUCCUCCAGGAGCUCUCGGACCUGACCCAUCUUCUGCACUGGCCUCCUACCCCAGGAGAUGGAGGGAACCUUUUGUCCUCUACCAGUCCCCAGACCUCCACUUACCACCUGAGGGGACCUUCCCAGGCCAACUACACCCUGGGCGGCUACCUGGAGGCCAUUCUUGUCGCCAGAGACCACCAGGGCAGGCCCAAGACCCAUGGUGGGGAUCUGUUUCGGGCACAGCUCCUGAGUCCCUACCUGAAGGCGGGAGUCCCUGGGGAUAUCCAGGAUCUGGAGAACGGCACCUACCUGUUGACCUUCCCCCUACUCUGGGCUGGACAGGUCCAGGUGCAAGUGCGGCUGAUCCACUCCAGUGAGGCCGUUGGGGUCCUGCGGGGAAUCUGGAGAGACCAGUGGGCCACGGUCGAUUUCACGGGCUAUUUUCGAGGACCCACAGGACAUGAAGAAAUUGUGACUUGCAACGUGAACCCCCUACUAACUGGGGAAGAAGAAUCCACCUGUCACUACAAGGAUGAAGACACUGGUGAGCUCUGGUUCUGUGCUCGGCCUCCCACCCUGCCCUGCGACUCGCUGGUGGGCCAUUCAAGUGGACAUUAUUGGAAUGUGACCACACCACACGAGGAGGCCCUGCUGGCGUGGAAUGUGACAGACAAGGUCCUCCCUCAGGGUAUUUCUCCAAUCUGGGUGGCCGAGGAGAGCAACAAGAGUCUGGUUGUGUCCCCUCAACAACCGUGCCGCCCUGGGAUCCCGGGCCCGAGGCCCUCUGGCUUCUACCACCGAGCUGUGUGGCACUCCCUGUCCUGCUCUGGCCGCUCCUUCUCCACUGCUGUCAGCAUCCUGGGCUGCCUGGCUGGCCGCAUCGUCCACAUGAUGGGGGACUCCACGCUCCGCCAGUGGUGGGAGUACCUGCGGGACACCGUGCCCUCUCUAAAGCCUGUGGAUCUACAUGCCACGUAUCACACGGGGCCCCUGAUGGCCGUGGAGACCACUCGGGACAUCGUGCUACACUGGCGGGCCCACAGCUGGCCCCUGCGCUCCCUGCGCACACCGGUGGCCUCCCUGCACUCUGUGGCGCGGGAACUGGGGGGCCUGGCUGGGGGCCCCCACACCGUGGUGGUGCUGGGCCUGGGUGCCCACUUCACCACGUUUCCCCCGUCGGUCUUUGUGCAACGCCUCGCAGGGAUCAGGGCGGCGGUGGCAGCGCUGCUGGCCCGGGAGCCCCGCACUCUCGUGGUCAUCAAGCUGGCCAACACCGGCUACAAGUCCGUGUAUGGCAGUGACUGGUUCACCCUCCAGGUGAACCGGCUUCUCCGAGCUGCCUUUGCUGACCUCCGUGUGGCCUUUGUGGACGCCUGGGAGAUGACCUCCAGUCUGGGCCUGCCCGACAGGAUCCACCCAGGCCGACUUAUCGUCCGCAAUGAAGUCAACGUCUUCCUGUCCUUCGUUUGUCCCACUUGAGCGCUGCUGCGGGUCCUGGGCUGGGUGGACGGGGAAGCUGAUGGGAUGAUCAAGCCUGGACAUCCUUCCCUUCAGCCGUCUUCACCUCUUCGCUGACUUUUCUCAUGCCCAGGCCAGCGAGAAUUGCGAGGGAAGCCUGGCAGUGGUCCAGCGACAUCUGUCACAUCCGUGCCUGCGAGGAUUGUCAUUUUAUGUGCCGGAGUCUCCAUUUAGAGUGUCAGCGAGCCUUCCAAGUCAAACUUCAGUCAAACAAGAGAUUACAGAUAGGACCCGGCAAUUCCACUGCUGGGUAUUUAUCUGAAGGAAAGGGAAACACUAACUCAGAAAUGUAUCUGUACCCCCGCCUCCACUGACGGCAGCUUUAUUUACAACAGCCAAGACACGGAAGGAACCUGAGUGUCCACCAGUGGAUAAAUGGAUAAAGGAAAUGUGGCCUAGAUGAGAUGGAGAAGGACCCUGGGAACAAGGCCCUCCCUUUCCUGCAGUGCACGAACCAAGGAGCAAACUCAGACCACUUCAAAAUGAUGCCAGACACACGGUCGCCAAAAUUGACUUUUCAUUGACUUUCCGCCUCAUUUUAAUGCUAAAAACAUGCCCAGAGGUGGAGACUCCACAUGCAAAUGAAAGCCCAGGGUAUGAAGGAGCAGGUUGUGUCAGAUGCAGAUACCGCCCACUUUCCUGGGAGUCCCUGCUCCUGCCUGCCGGGCAUCAUUCCUUUUUCCCACCUCAGCCCCUUUAAAACUUGCCCUGGCUGUUGUUGAGAGAGCCUGUGUGACACCUUAGUCGUGACUGUGUCUCCCUUCAGCGGUAGCUGCUGCCCCCAGAAAGCCUUGCCUGUACCUUUAAAUUUGGGGUCCAGCCUUGGUUUCUACUGUAGCUGGGUACAAAGACCCAAGUCUGUAUAUA